AGUUGGUUGGUUGACAGUCCUGGGGCAGAAGGGCAUCUGAGGAGGCAAGAGCCUGACUCUGGGGAUCCCUCUACCCAGAAGAGUCACCUGCUCACCCUGCCCCUUCACUUCCUUCUAGGACUAUGGGGGCUGGGGCCAGUGCAGAGGAGAAGCACUCCAGAGAGCUGGAAAAGAAGCUGAAAGAGGAUGCUGAAAAGGAUGCUCGAACGGUGAAACUGCUGCUUCUGGGUGCGGGUGAGUCCGGGAAGAGUACCAUCGUCAAACAGAUGAAGAUUAUUCACCAGGACGGGUACUCAUUGGAAGAGUGCCUAGAGUUCAUUGCCAUCAUCUAUGGUAAUACGCUGCAGUCCAUCCUGGCCAUAGUGCGCGCCAUGACCACACUCAACAUCCAAUACGGAGACUCUGUGCACCAGGACGACGCUCGGAAGUUGAUGCACAUGGCCGACACUAUCGAAGAGGGCACGAUGCCCAAAGAAAUGUCAGACAUCAUCCAGCGGCUGUGGAAGGACUCAGGUGUUCAGGCCUGCUUUGAUCGUGCCUCGGAGUACCAGCUCAACGACUCAGCUGGCUACUACCUCUCGGAUUUGGAGCGCCUGGUAACUCCGGGCUACAUACCCACCGAGCAGGACGUGCUGCGCUCGCGAGUCAAAACCACCGGCAUCAUUGAGACUCAGUUCUCCUUCAAGGAGCUCAACUUUCGGAUGUUUGACGUGGGUGGACAGCGCUCUGAACGCAAGAAGUGGAUCCACUGCUUCGAGGGCGUCACUUGCAUUAUCUUCAUUGCGGCACUAAGCGCCUACGACAUGGUGCUGGUGGAGGACGACGAAGUAAACCGUAUGCACGAGAGCCUGCACCUGUUCAACAGCAUCUGCAAUCACCGCUACUUCGCCACUACGUCCAUCGUGCUCUUCCUCAACAAGAAGGAUGUAUUCUCCGAGAAAAUCAAAAAGGCCCACCUUAGCAUUUGCUUUCCGGACUAUGACGGACCCAACACCUAUGAGGAUGCUGGCAACUACAUCAAGGUGCAGUUCCUCGAACUCAAUAUGAGGCGUGAUGUGAAGGAAAUCUACUCUCACAUGACAUGCGCCACCGACACACAGAACGUCAAGUUCGUCUUCGAUGCUGUUACCGACAUCAUUAUCAAGGAGAACCUCAAAGACUGUGGGCUCUUCUGAGG